CCCCAUCAGGUUAAUAUUGUACAACUUUUUUCUCUAGGAAAUAUUUAGUCUCAGCAUGACUGGACUAGUCAAGUGGAAAACGACGUGGUAGUCUCACAAUCUUCUUUCUGCUGUCUUUGAGCAAUCGGGCAGCAGCACCAGUCACCGACUCUUAGACAAGCAGUCCACUCCAACAGUGAGUCAAUUGUCGCAACUAAUGCGCUUGGUCAUACGCCCUUUCGUUCUUGAUACGUACUUCUUCUAACUUUUAAACAUUCUAUAUUAGCCUGGAAACCCAUUCUAUCAGUGGAACCAAGUGUUUAUGCGGUCAACAAGCCCUACCCUGGCAAUGAAAGCUUAAGCGAAGUGCAAUUAUAACGCAAUAAGAGUUGAUUAUUGAGAUAAAUAUUGGUGCAUAUAUUUGUUCCCUCCUUCGUCCAACAGAUCAGCGCAAAAGCCACACUCCAAACAUGCUUCAUGCCCCAUAAUCUUCUCCGCCGAAACCUGUGCUGCCAUUACUAUCACACAUGCCAAUCUCACUCACGGCCUUCGCUCGUUUCUCGGCAUAACCUGUGAUUUGAACUCAUGAGAACUGACAAGAUUUGGGGCUGUGUUUUGCUCCCACAGACUAUUCACACGAACACUGCCAGUCCUGGUCGAACUGUGGUGUAGUGGCAGGUACUGAUGUGGAGUCACUCAAUGUUGACAUCCAAUAUGGCUGAGGUGGGUUCGUACCGAUUUUAAAGAAUGAUCUAAACCUCGUGUGUGAUAGAUCGCUAUGACCAGGUCCUCAACUUUCUACCAGCACCAAGAAUGCUCGGUCCGGCUACCUACGUCUAAACCUCUGGCAGGCUCCAAGCCCAAUAUCAUAUUUGGGUUCCAGGCCUUCUCCCUGUCCGGUCUCCAGAGGAACCGAGGACGAAUCGAAGUUGUACAUCUCGACCUUCUUCUCUCUCCUUUUACGUUCUCCGCCACCUUUUCCCGCUAUGGCAAGAACCAGAAGCUUCACGGCAUACGACUCUUGAACCUCGCAAAACCUGAUACACAGUGGUCGGCUUCUCCCUGCUCGAUGGAAUUCACGAACCCCAAGAGGAGGCCGACUCGUCCCUGAGUUCGGUCAUUAUCUGGAUACCGUCGCUCCACCUUUUCUAUGUCCCACCGAUUCAACAGCCACCUCAAUUGUCGGGAGGGAGAUGGAUUACCGAUGCUCUCUCAUCCAGCCUGACCCGCGGCACAUUCAUUUUCCAUUCCAUCGAUGUAAGCACUUCCGGCGCAGCUUUCAGCGUAACGAACUUACCGGUGAUCGGAAAUAGUCGUCAAGGAUGGCGUCACGAUCGAUAACCCAGCUCAUUACCAGCUGCUGCGCGGCCCGACGCCCUUUCUAACGCUAGCGCUAAAGU